AUGUCUAAUGAUAAGAAUGAGUUAACAAAAAGGCCAGAUUUGGAUGAUUUUUCUUCUUGGCUCGAACAGAAAUUUGAUGAAUUAAAAAAUGUCAAGCCACAAAAAUGUAUAUAUUUUACCAAUGAUGAUCACAAUGUACCACUCUCGCCAGACACUGUCCUUACAGCUCUAACCACCAUAGCAUCAAAAUCACUUGUCGUUUGGUACCUAUUGUCUGAUGCAAAUAGCAAAUAUCAAAUGCCACAUACAAGUGACUCCUGGAGUCUUUUGAGAGAAGCCAUCAUAGAAAGAUUCAAUAAGUUGCUGACAGAAAAUUUCUAUUUUGUCAAUAAUGAAACGAAUAAGGAAAUUAUGAAUGAAUAUCAGGAUGUGUUUCAGGAUGUGUUGAAACAAGAUCAUACAUCUUUUGAUACUAUGCCAAGAUUUAACUCAAACAAACUUCCUAUAAUAAACCCUCCGAUGAGUGUCCAAGAGUUGGAUCUUUUCAUUAAGAAACUUGAGGAAAAAUACUAUAGACUUCAUAAUAAGAUAAAAAACGAGGCAACAUCACGUGAAUUCAUAUCAAUUUUCAUGAACACUGCAAUCUGA